CCAUUUCAUUAGUUAAAGUAAUUUGAUCAGAUUUAUCAUUUCAGAAUUGCGUAUCAGACGAGUAGUCCUUACCGGAACUGUUAAUGAUAUUUGAAAAAGAACUUACCUGCCUCGGUUUUCAGUGCCAACCGUUGCUCACCAGUGUAUUAGGUCAGUGAUGUGUUGCAAUUCAGAUGAUUAAAAUGCGAUGAAAAAAAAGAAUCUGAAAAAUGGUCUCUUCUUAUCAGGCUGUCCCGGAUUAUCCCAGGUUACAGGUACCCAAGAAGUAGUUUUCAGUUUCACAAAUGUUGGUGACUCCUGCUGGAGACAAACGACACACUCGCAUUCUCAUCGACAGGUGUAUUGACAAUCAGAGCAGAAUUUUAAGAAAGUUGUUUAUUUCAUUUUAUUUGUUAUCACAUUUUAAGCGCCUUUUUUAUGCAUUGGGGAAAUUUGAUUCAGCAGAAACUGUGGCGCAUUUGCUGCUCGGUGAGUGGCAAUGGUGCCGAGUCAUCAUUUUUGUCUUCUUUUGCUGCAUGCAUGCAGUGGUGCCGUGGUGUUACUUGUAAGAGGCUCAUGGGCUUACUUGGGAUAUGGGUCAACAAAGGUGGAAUCAUUUUACGACUGUGAGCAAGAUUUCUUUGCAAAUUAACUGGAACCGAGAUUAGCAUAUUUCUUUAUCCCUUUGAAUUUCUGCGUACCAUUUGUAACUUUAUCAUUCGUUCCUUCUAUAUGUUUUUAGAAUGGGACAAAAACAUCAAACAGGUUUGUAGAAAUGUAGAUGUUGAAACCAUCAGAAAAUUCCGGUCCUUGUUCUAUGUUGUUUCUAUGUCUAUGCGUUUCUGACUGCAGCCACCCGUAAACGUGUCACCAUGGCGGAUGUUGUGGCAACCGUCUUUUGUUCAUUUGGCAGGCACCCGCCUCAUCAGUAAAGGUGGAGUCUUUUCCAAAAACAUCCGAAAGGACUGACGCAGUCAAAAUCAGUGCUCAACCUCAGGGGGCUGCGACACAUGUAGGGAGAGUCGUUGGUUAGCUUUAAUUACCACCAUUCCACUUAGGGCUCCAAUUCAUUUAAUCUGCCGGAGCCGCUGUUGCAUCGGAGCAAUUAAAGCACAGCUCAAGUGACUCCUACAAAAUGCCGAGCUGCCCCUCAACGCAAUAAGCAGGCAAGAUGUUUUCAGAGAUGUGCAUCACUUUAUUUGCUGCUUGGUACUGUUUAGACCACAGGUGUCAAACUCGAGGCCCGGGGGCCCGAUCUGGCCCGCCACAUCAAAUUGGGUCAGCACACACUUGCUACCAUUUAAAGUGCCUCUGAUGAACCUCAACUGCAAUUCUGACGCUCUAGUAGGCUUUUGUCAAGUGGUUGCAUAAAAUAUAAUCAUCUUGAAACUGAUACCAUCCAUCCAUCCAUCCAUCCAUUAUCUACCGCUUAUCCGGGGCCCGGUCGCGGGGGCAACAGCUUUAGCAGGGAAGCCCAGACUUCCCUCUCCCUAGCUACUUCUUCCAGCUCUCCCCGGGGGAUCUCGAGUCGUUCCCAGGCAAGCUGGGUGACAUAGUCCCUCCAACGUGUCCUGGGUCUUCCUCGGGGUCUCCUCCCGGUGGGACAUGACCAGAACACCUCACCGGGGAGGCGCUCAGGAGGCAUCCGAAUCAGAUGCCCAAGCCACCUCAUCUGGCUCCUCUCAAUGAAACUGAUACAUUUUUAAGUAAUUUAUGGUCUAUUCAAUAUGUUUACGUACAGUACAUAAGAAGAUGAUCUUUAAAACAUGCACCUGGAUAUGGAUUGACACAUUUCUUAGUUUUUAUUUCCAUUCUGGAAAAAAAGUCUAAAAUGACAGUUACGCUGAGCCAAUAAGUCAACCUAACAUGGGUGAAAUGUUUUCAACAUUCACAUAUGGUUCUCACAUACUCCCUCUUCCUUUUGUUCUAAAAGUAUAUAAAAAAAAUAACCACUGCAAAAUAUCAAAAUUAUAAACAACAUAUUUAACAGGACUUUACCCCGACAAUUACCAACAAAAACUACCCAAAAAACGGUUUGCGUGUGAAAUGCAGUACACGGUUUUUAUGUCAUGAGAGUUGUUGAGGGUGUUAAAUGGUAAGAAAAAAGACCUCGUUGGAGCUCCAGCUGCACCACAGCAAGGCUUUUAGACCAGACUAAGGCCUCCUGUCAAUCCUCUUACAAUGUUCCUCAGUGAAAAUGGAUUAGCGAGUAACACCGACGUUUUGGCCCACGGUCACUUUGGCGGAUUGGAUUGGAUGAGAAUGUGGCUGUCACCAUCCUCAUAAUACAAUGCACCAAAUACAUUUCUGUCAGUAUUUUAAUUCUUUGUGUCUUUUUUUUAUGUUUUUACAACUGGGACUUUGACUUUUGGAUUUAUUAUUAUAUUUUUUUUUACUUUGGAUGUUCUUUGAAACCUUUCUUCUGAGUGUACAGGAGCAUGUUUUUUUGUUGUCAUCCACAUCCGCCCCUUGAACGCCGGGUUGUGGCUGCUUGGCGUAAGUAGCUCUCCAGGGUGCUGAAGUUGUCUCCAAACGGCUCCCCCACCUGUCACUUGGCAGCCUGGCGGUCCAAGCGCGAUGACUCGGCUCCCCGGUCGCUCACUGAAAGCAGGUAAGGUUACGAGGAUGGUGCGGUGACACCCGGACUGCAGAGCUGGCCUUGAUGACUUAAUAGGAAAGAAAGAUGACGAUCCUGUAGUGAACCUAAAACAUCACUACCUCAAAUUCACAGCCAGGACAAUGCAACAUUUUCCGCCUCCAUGGGAGCCCGAUCAUCCAUUUGUGCCUACAGUUAAAAGCCGGCAUUCUUCGUUGACGCCGUCUUUUUAUAACUUUCUCGUAUUUGUCAUCCUUGGAUUGUUGCCGUUCCCUUGCUGCGUUCGCAGUUUGGUCUUCAAAGUGGGCGUCCUGGGGCCUUGGAACUGCGACCCGGUCUUCUACAGGACACAGCCGGCCGCCGCUGCAAGGCUCGCUGUAACCAGGAUAAACGAAGACCUCAGUUUGAAUUUGGACCUGGAGAUGGAUUUCGUCAUCCUGCAGGAGCCUUGUGAGACUUCCAAAGCGCUGACUGAAUUCAUACGCUAUGAGAAGAUGGCGGAUGCAUUUGUGGGGCCUACUAACCCGGGAUACUGUACUGCAGCGUCACUGCUGGCAAAGAACUGGGACAAGUCCAUCUUCUCCCACGGCUGUGUCAAUUUUGAGCUGGACAGCAUCACGGGCUACCCGACUUUUUCCAGGACGGUGCCGUUUCCCUCUGAGGUGCUUUUCACAGUGCUGAAGCACUUCCGCUGGGCGAACAUCGUGGUGGUCUCCUCCAACGAAGACAUCUGGAUUGACACGGCGGAGAGAGUGGCUGCUGCCAUAAGGAAAAAGGGGCUGUCCGUCGCCUUGGUUUCGUCUAUGGGCAUCAACGAGAUCCAAGUUGAGAGCACGCUGAGGAAGAUCCAAGAAGCAGGGGAGAUAAGAGUAAUCGUCAUGUGCAUGCACUCUGUGCUGCUCGGAGGGGAGCAGCAGGCCACUUUCCUCGUCAAGGCACAAGAAAUGGGUCUGACUUCGGGCAAGUACGUUUUCGUGCCCUACGACGCCCUGCACUACAGUUUGCCCUACGACACCCCCUUCUCUCCCCUGCAAAACAACAGCAGACUGAGUGAGGCAUAUGACGCCGUACUCACAAUCACCAUAGUCUCAGAUCCCGUAUCCUUCAACGAGGCGUACGCGGCAGCCAAAGAGAGCGGGGAAGUGAGGCUGAGUGCGGCCGCCGCGCAGGUUAAUCCACUAUUUGGCACAAUCUAUAACGGCAUUUAUCUACUUGCCAAAUCCAUCCACAAAGUCCGGAGGGUCGGCAUGCAUCUGUCAGGCUCCAACCUGGCCCACUUCACCAAGAACAUAUCCUUCAAUGGCUUCAACCAGAAGGUCCAGGUCAACAACGGCGGUGAAAUCAAAACCGGCUACAUCAUCUUGGAUACCAGCCACGCUGGCAGCCGGCUGUACCCGACCUACAUCGUGGAUCUAACAUCCGGGCAGCUUCGGUUUGCUGGGAGGUCCAUUCAUUUUCCAGGAGGAUCUCCUCCGCCGUCUGAUUCCAGCUGUUGGUUUGUCAAAAGUGCUCUCUGCGAACCAGGCAUGGAGGUCACCCACGUCAUUGUGGCGUUUGCGGUCAUCGUCGCUCUGGCUGUUACAGGCCUUGUCAUCGGUCUAUACAUCAGAAGGAGACUCCAGCAAAUCCAGCUGGUCAAAGGCCCAAAUCGGAUCCUGCUGACCUUAGAGGAUCUUACUUUCAUCAACCCUCAGAUUAGCAAGAGGAAGAUCACUUUGGAGGACAUGAGUGAGUCCAAAAGUGGCCUUGAAGACAAAUCUGUGGACCUCUCACAUUCGGUGAACAGCAUGCACACCGCGACUCACGAGACCACCAACGUUGCUGUUUUUGAGGGUGACUGGGUGUGGCUAAAGAAAUUUGAGGACGGACAGUUUAAGGAGGUGAACCAGAGCAGCACAAGGAUGUUGACCAAGAUGAAGGACUUGAGAAACGAGAACGUGAAUCCCUUCCUGGGCUUCUUUACGGAGAGCUCCAUGUUUGCAGUGGUGAUCGAGCACUGCUCCAGGGGUAGUCUGCAAGACCUGCUUAGGAACGAAGACGUCAAAUUAGACUGGAUGUUCAAGUCCUCGCUUGUGCUUGACAUCAUCAAGGGAAUGAAAUACCUCCACCAUAGGGAUUUCCCACAUGGCCGGCUAAAAUCUCGGAACUGCGUGGUGGACGGGCGCUUUGUGCUCAAGAUCACAGACUAUGGCUUUAACGAGCUUCUCGAAUCUCAAAAAGCUCCCUUAGAGAAACCUCCACCUGAAGACCUUUUUUGGACUGCUCCAGAAUUCCUGAGGGAUCUGGCAAGCUCUCAUAAAGGCACUUACAAGGGCGACGUGUACAGUUUUUCUAUUAUUCUCCAAGAGGUGGUGGUUCGAGGACCACCGUACUGCAUGCUGGGCCUACCACCCGAAGAGAUUAUUCGAAAGGUUAAGAAGCCUCCUCCGAUGUGCCGGCCCACUGUCGUUCCCGACCAGGCUCCUUUGGAAUGUAUCCAAUUGAUGAAGCAGUGCUGGAGUGAACUUCCAGACCGACGACCCAACUUCGAUGAAAUUUUUGACAGGUUCAAGAUCAUCAACAAGGGUAAGAAGACCAACAUCAUUGACUCCAUGUUGCGGAUGUUGGAGCAGUACAGUUCCAAUCUGGAGGACCUCAUCCGAGAGCGAACGGAAGAGCUGGAGAUUGAGAAGCACAGGACGGAGAAACUGCUCUCCGAGAUGCUGCCGCCCUCGGUGGCCGAGGCGCUGAAAACCGGCGCCAUGGUGGAGCCGGAGUACUUCGACCAGGUGACCAUCUACUUCAGCGACAUCGUGGGCUUCACCACCAUCUCGUCGCUCAGUGACCCCAUCGAGGUGGUCGACCUUCUCAAUGACCUCUACACCCUGUUUGAUGCUGUCCUCAGCAACCACGAUGUCUACAAGGUGGAGACCAUCGGUGACGCUUACAUGGUGGCAUCGGGCUUGCCCAAGAGAAACGGCAACAAGCACGCCGCCGAAAUCGCCAACAUGUCUCUCAACAUCCUCAGCUCAGUGGGAACCUUCCGGAUGCGCCACAUGCCCGACGUUCCUGUCAGGAUACGGAUCGGGAUCCACUCAGGGCCUUGCGUCGCCGGAGUGGUGGGCCUGACCAUGCCCCGCUACUGCCUGUUUGGAGACACCGUCAACACCGCCUCAAGAAUGGAAUCCACCGGCCUGCCUUACAGGAUCCACGUAAACUUGAGCACGGUGAACAUCCUGCGCUCUCUCGAGGAAGGUUACAAAAUAGAAGUCAGGGGCAAGACGGAGCUGAAGGGGAAAGGCAUUGAAGAGACGUACUGGCUCGUAGGGAAGUCUGACUUUGCAAAGCCUUUGCCAAAACCGCCAGAGAUCAAACCAGGCGAAGACAGUCACGGCCUGAGCCCCGAAGACAUAGCAAUGUACAAGAAAAAGAAGGCCGAGAAAAAGGCUUGACCUGCAGGGUCAACUGGCAGGAGAUGGUGACCGAUGAGAUCAAGACCCUUUUCCGCAAGGCCAACAGGCCAGUGGCGAAGCAAAGAAAGAGCGCAAAAGAAGGAAAGAUGUGAAAGCAAUCAAGCCAUAGGGACAGAUUCCUUCUGGGGAAAAGGAAAGGUAGGGUGGAAGACGUGAAAGCGGCACACGGCCUCUCUCCCCGUGGCUUAACACGGACUCCUUUAAGAGGAUUCUCCACCGACUGGCUAAUCUGCCCGGAGCCGACACAGCGGAACAUGACGGUGCUAAUGUAAUGAGACUCCUCCCUCCCGUGACCCGCCUGCCUAACUGCUGCCGGUAGACCACGGCCCGAUGUUCAGUCAAAGAUGCAUGCGCUCAUUUUUACUUGCUGCACUCACUGGCCACUGGGUGCUCGUUGAAUCGAGGCCAAAGCGGGGGGGAUACCCCGGAGGCCCAUUUUAAAAAUACUAUACGGGUACUUGUUUCCUCUGUGCUGCGUUUGAUAUGAAUGCUCAGAAUAGGGAACUUUAUUUAUAUUCCACGUUGAUUUGAAUCACGGUGAUAAACGCUUACUGUGUUUGUUCAUUUUAAUUUUGUGUAAGUGUGCAUUGAGAAAGGAAAGUAGGUCACGGCUGAAUGACGAGUAAAAUGCGGCUUCUACGGUGACAACGGGCGAGAACAACUGGCCUAGCCACUCCGUUACAUUUCAUUUCUUACUCAAGGAAAUAACCCAUGACAAUGUUCAUAAUUAUUCAUUAAAAAAAAUCAACUCUGUUUAUUUUCUUUUAAGUUAACAGUGCAAUAGCAUCCCGUACAUGAGCAGAAAGGGUUAUUUUCUUAUUUUUCUAUUUGCUAUUGUUGUGGACUGAUGUUUACAAAAGUCAAAACCGUUAAACCCAUCUCAUGUUAUUGAAGAGACAGGACGCUACAAAUUAGUUUUUUUUUUGUGGUACUAGAAUACAAUGAGCCUCGAAAAUGAGUACCUAGCAAACCAUGAGGACCCUGCACUCCAGUUUCAACCCCCAAGCCCCCACCCCCACAGACUUUUAUUUUCUCUACCAAUGGUUGAACAAGUCAAGCCUGACAUUCUUGGGAUAGUUGACUGCAGCAGAUAAACCCCCGGGUCACAUACGCCCGUUAAUCCCGAACGUGGGAAAACCGCUCAAUGGAAAAAAAUUGUGAUGCCUUCUUUAGUGGAGCAAACCAAACAAACAAAAAGUACAAA